UCUACCUAGUUCAAGUGCAGCAAAAUAAAUCGUGUGUCCGUUGACAUCUGGGGUCUUGUGGAAAAAUGUCUAGGCAACCCCGUUACAUGGUUCUACCAAAAGUCUACAGCACAGUUAAACCUUUUUAUAGGGAUUUCCAUCUUUUUUUUGUUUCUUUUUCACAAAUGUCCAAUGUGUGCUUAAACACUCUUUACCUGAAUAACUGGUAUAAUUCCAAUUCAUAAUCAUCAGAAAGAUAAAUAAAGGCAGCUGCAGGUAUCGAGCUACCUUACAAUUAGGCUAGCAAGUGCUAAUACA